AUGGUUGCAGCCAAGGCUACCUAUUAUGAAACACAUGAUGCAAAUAUGAUGCAAAUUAAGGAGGGGAUAUUAUAUGAUUUUGAGUGGUUGAAUUCCAUUCCAAAACAUAAAUGGUGUAAGCAUGUCUUUCCAUUCUACUUUAAGUGUGAUGUUCUAAUGAAUAACCUUAGUGAAUCAUUUAAUGCAACUAUAUUUAUGCAUGGAGACAAACCCAUUAUAACCAUGUUUGACUGGAUUAGGAACUACCUUAUGGAUAGGCUUGCAACACUUAGGGAAAAGCAAAAGAAAGUUGUUCAUGUAACUUUUGGGGACUUGGUUGGGAUUCCAUGUAGACGUGGUGUGUCUGCUAUCCAUAAGAAAAUUGAUGACUCGAUCAAGUAUCUUGAUGCCUUGGUAGCACUGUUGAAUGAUGUAUAUAUACUGGAUGUUAAACCACUUAGUAUUGACACUAGUCCUGUAAAACCACAUGUUCCUGCCAUGAAUUAUGCUAGUGUUAACCCAAUGCCUGAUGCUCUUAACCCAAUACUUGAUGUUGUUAACCCAAUGCCAACUGACAUGCCAACGCUAACUAUCAUAACAUUCAUUGGUAAACAACCUAAUGUGAAUAAGUCUACUGUCAGAAUAUUCUUUGGUCCAAAAUUAAAAGUGCCAAAGUCUGUUCUCUCUGCAAUACCAAUUGAUACCAAGAGGGAAAAUACCAAACAUCCACUUACAACCAACUUUGAGUGA